AUGAAGUGGAAUCUCACAGCCUCUCUUAUCAUCUGCCUUGCGGCAUCCAUAUGCAAUGCUGGUCGGGACCCUGGCUUUGUUAUUCCAGAUAGGGUCGACUGCACUGAUACACUCAUAAUUGUUGCCCGUGGAACAAGCGAACCGCCAGGUGAAGGCCCCCAGCACGUCAUUGCUGAAGAGGUCCAGCGUAGACUCGGAGCUCACCGGGUCAAGCAUAUUCCACUUGAAUGGCCUGCAUCCCUCUUCCCCACGUAUGGCGAAUCCGUUAAAACCGGUACUGAAAAUCUCAAGAAGACGAUCUCCAAGUACACUUCCGAAUGCCCAGACAUCAAGAUUGUCCUGAUGGGAUUUUCUCAGGGGGCGCAAGUUAUCAGUGAUACUCUUUGCGGUAUGGAUGAGAAGAACUUCCCGAAAACUGAGCCCAUCGACCCGUCGCUAGGGGCUUUUGUCGCUGCUGCCGUCGGAAUGGGAGACCCAACCUUUAACCCCGGUCUUAGCUACGAUUAUGGGACUGCCACUCAUCACGGAUGGUUCCCCCGGCGCAACGAUAAGUCGUGUGUGGCAUACGACUACAUCCGCAUUUCGUACUGCGAUAAAGGCGACAUCUAUUGCGACCACGGUGUCGACCCAAAAGUUCACAGCAGUUACUUUAAGACGUAUUUCGAGCAUUGCGUUGAGUUCAUCAUCGACAGGGUCAAGGCUCGCUAG